AGGUCCAAUGUAAUAGGAACAGUGGGGCUAUUUUCAAAACUGAACUUGAACAAUGCCCACUUAGAGCUCUUGAAACAAACACCGUUUUGGAUGCUGAUUGAUGCCAUUAGGAAAGGCAAGUUAGCUGAAAAAGCUUGCAUGAAGUACGAUAAAACCAUCCUGAGUAUCAUUCAGAACUAUGAUACCAAUGACAGUAAGUUCCUCAUUGGUGGUAAGAAGGUUGCCAUAACAAGGAAUGACAUCAAGCUAAUCUUUGAAAUAGCUUGUGGGAACAAACCAAUAGGAGAUUUGAACAAGAAAAAAAGUGAUGUUGCAUUUGCAAAAAGAAGGGGGAUCCAGGAGGCAAGGAUUGGUAGUAAAAAGAUGAAAGACAUGAUCAAUGAAAUACUGCAAAAAAGAGAGGAAUCCAUAACUGAAGAAGACAUCCAAGAUGUAGUCCGCCUUGUAUGCAUGUUCAUUUGCCUGACGCUGUUCUUCUCCACAUCUGGAGUCACCAUUGCAUGGACAUAUGUGCAUUGCAUGGAAAAAAUAGAAGAAAUAAAAGACUACGACUGGGCACAAUCCAUUGCAGAAACAUUGAAUACAUCAAUGCACAAGUUCCAUGACAAACCAAGAGAUGCAACAGGAUGUGUGGUGGCGUUGAUGUACUGAAUUUGUGAACACACAGAUUUGAUUGCACGAUCAAAAAAUGAAGCAAUUCCAAGACUACUAAACUGGAACACCUCAGACCUGAAAAAAAGAAUUGAUGAUUUUAAAGAUUUGAGCAAUGUCAACAUUACGGUAUAUGAGGAAGAACUUCAAGAAACAUGUCAAGAGGCUCAAGUCUACAGCAUGCCACACCCAGAAGUUGUAGAUGACAAUGACAGGGAAACUAUAUCACAGAUAAUGCAGCAUACACAAUCUCCUCAAAGUCUGGCACUACGACUUGAUGAGAUACACUUAACUGAAAAACAGCAAACAUCUCCUCUUGUGUCAACAUCAUCUCCUGAGAAACAACAAGCAAUGUUCUCACAAUCACAAUCAGGCGAGACUAUGGUUCCAAGUACCUACCAAUCUCUGGACUCCAUUAAUUUCAGUCAUGGCCUAAUUAAAGAGCACAACCAAAUGGGUAAAUUCUGUGACAGCUUACUGGAGGACAAUGAUCAAGUUAUCUUCAAGGAUCUCCAGCAACAAGUCCAAUAUAUUCAGAAUCAAAAACAAAUACUUGAACAACAAAAUCACGGACUUCAAAAGGACAAGGAUAUAAUGAAAAAUGAGCUGGAGGAAAUGCAAAAAGAACGGGAUGCAAUGAAAGAAAAGCUGCAGAAGAUCGUAACUAUGUCCAACACAAUGUUGCAUGCCCAAGAAUAACACAAGUUCCUUAUAGAGAAUACUGCAAUCUUGGAAAAUGACAGCGAUACAAUGAAAAAUCAGCUGUUGGAAAUGGAAAAAGAAAGGGAUUCACUGGAACAAAAGCUGCAGAAGAUGGAUACUGUGUCAAACGUUUUGAAAAAGGACAGGGAUGAAAUGGAAAAACAACUGCUGGAAAUGGAAAAAGAA